GAGUAAAACAGCAUCGUUAAAAUAUAGAGUAAAAAUGUUUUUAAAGCCUAGUUUUUUUGUGAUAUUGAUUUUUCUUACAUCAGGAGUAUGGGCUUCCCUUCCUGAGUAUAAAGUGACAGACCAAGUCUACAUGGAAUUCAAAAGGGGCGAUGAAGACCUUGGACGCGUAAUUUUCGGUUUAUUUGGUGAAUUGGCCCCGAAAACCGUAGAAAACUUCAAAGUCAUCGCUAGUGAAGGUAUUGAAGGCAAAACCUAUGCGAACACGAAAAUUCUGAGGGCUGUCAAACGUUUCAUGAUCUUGGGAGGUGAUAUAUUAAAUAAUGACGGUACAGGCUCUAUAAGUAUCUACGGUGAACAUUUCAAUGAUGAAACAUUCACUAUAAACCACACUUCCGCAGGAUUAUUAGGUAUGGCUAACUCAGGCCCCAACACAAACGGUUGCCAAUUUUAUGUAACCACUAUGGCAACCCCAUGGUUAGACGGAAAACACGUUAUUUUUGGAAAAGUGUUAUUUGGACAUAGAGUAGUCCACAAGAUAGAACACAUGAGAACCGACGUCCAAGAUCGCCUUAAGAAAACAGUAACAAUCUCAAAAUGCGAUAUUUAUAAAAUAAACACGAAUAUGUACGAUACCGCAGAAAAUUACGAAUUGUCCUUCUGGGCCUGGAUUAAAGCUGGAUGGCUCCCACUUAGCUGGUCUUUCGCUAUUUUAGCCUUUUUCCAUUAUAUCAUACUCCAACUGGAUAAAUACGAGAAAAAAAUACAGUAAACCUAACAAAUUAUAUUGUUUCAUAGCGCAUAGACAACGUAAGAAAUAAA